AUGGAUGCUAAAGAACAAGCCAUCAAAUUGAAGGACCAAGGGAAUAAGUGUCUCAAAGAGUUGAAGUUUGAUGAUGCUAUUGAUUGUUAUACCAAAGCCAUUGAAUUAGAUGAUCAAAAUGCAGUGUUUUAUUCCAAUAGAGCUCAAGUUCAUAUAAAGUUGGAGAAUUAUGGUUUAGCUAUUGCUGAUUGUGAUAACGCUUUAAAAGUUGAUCCCAAUAUGAUGAAAGCUUACUAUCGUAAAGGGGUUUCAUUAAUGGCUAUUUUGAACUAUAAAGAAGCUCAAAAAAACUUUAAAAUUAUCUUAGCUAAAAUACCCAACGAUAAAUUAACAUUAGAAAACUACAAACAAACUGUUAGUUAUUUAAAGAAACAAGCUUUUGAAAGAGCUAUUGCUGGAGAUGCUAAAGAACUUUUAAUCAAUAGCAUAAACUAUGAAUCUAUCUUGAUAGAAAAAACUUGGGAAGGACCAGAAUUAACUAUUCAAAGUAAAAAAACUGAUGAUGGAUUAGAUAUAAAUAUUCAAGGAUUAGAUGAAGAAUAUUUGAAAUACAUGAUCAAAUUAUUCAAAGACGGUGGUAGAUUACCUAAAAAACACGUUUUUGCCAUCAUUUCAAAAGUUUAUACCCUUUUGAAGAAGGAGAGUACUAUGACAGAAUUAAUCAUCCCCCAUUCUAAAAUUAAUCCUCAAGAUUAUGAUAAUUAUUCAACCGAUGCUUUGGUUUUAGGUGAAGCAAAGAAAAUUACUGUUGUUGGUGAUACCCAUGGUCAAUUCUAUGAUGUGUUAAAUUUAUUCAAAAGAUUCGGAAAAGUAUCGAAAGAUCAUAUUUAUUUAUUUAAUGGAGAUUUUGUUGAUAGAGGAUCUUGGUCAUGUGAAGUGGCAUUGUAUUUGUACGUUUUGAAGGUAUUAUAUCCACAAUCUAUCUUCAUUAACAGAGGUAAUCAUGAAACUAACGAUAUGAAUAAAACUUAUGGAUUCACUGAUGAAUGUGAACAUAAAUAUAGUAAGAAGAUUUUUGAUGUAUUUGCCGAAUCAUUUGGUGCUUUACCUUAUGCUUCAUUAAUCAAUGGAUCUUAUUUAAUCAUGCAUGGAGGAUUAUUCUCUGAUGAUCAUGUUAAAUUAAAUGAUAUUAAACAAUUGAAUAGAUUCCCUUCAUCAGGAUCAACUCAACCUCCAAGGGAUGGAAUUGCCAUGGAAUUGUUAUGGACUGAUCCUCAAAAUGUCAAUGGUAGAGCUCCUUCUAAAAGAGGUAUAGGUAUGCAAUUUGGUCCUGAUAUUACCGAAAGAUUCUGUUUAAGUAAUAAAAUCCGUAAAGUUUUAAGAUCUCAUGAAGUAAGAAUGGACGGUGUUGAAGAAGAACAUAAUGGAAGAUUAAUCACUGUUUUCAGUGCUCCAAAUUAUUGUGAUGCUACUGGUAAUAAAGGAGGUGUAGUUCAUAUAACUGAAAAUACUCAGUAUAAUCCUGAAAAUGAUGAUGGUGAAGGAUUCAGGAACCCCGAUGUUAAUUGUCCUUGGGAUCUUGAUAUCCAAACUUUUGAAGCAGUACCCCAUCCUGAUAUCAAACCAAUGGCUUAUUCAAAGAGUGGAUUUGGCUUUUAA